AUAUAUAUUGUACGUAACGUUUGACCUUAGCUAGCAGCUACAUGCGAUGGAAAGCAUGAACCGUGGAGGAAGUUUCUCCUUCAGCUGCUCCGAGUCUGACUUGAACUUUUCUUCCCUCUCACAUUUCACCAACGACGACGACGAAGACGAUGAAUCUUACAUCGAAAUAGAACUUGACCAUCACCAUGAUCACCCUAAACCAUCAAGCCAAGAGGAUGAUGAGGAGGAGGAUGAAGAUCUUGGUCGUGGAGGACUAGACCGUGCGGAUUAUUUGCGCAUAUCGUUUUCGUCUAGUCUUCUCCAGGAGCUCUCCGCCACCAACCUCCCUCCCAAUCACGACUCUGAGGCAGCUGAUCACCCAGUAAACCAGAUUCCGUCGUCGCCAACGGUGUCAUAUUCUUGCCCUCUGAGCUCUUCUUCCAUGGAAGGCAGCUGUAGGAAUCCGAUAGGAUUGGAUGAGCCUUCAAGGCUCCGCAGAAGUACUAGCGCAAAAGGAAGAUUACCCAGAGUCAACCGGCUAGUCAACACGCUGCUGUUUGGUCUCCGGUCAUCAUCAGAGUCGCCUACCCCCGCAGACGACGCUGACCUGGCACGUAGCAGGAAAGCAUCAAACAUCAAAACCUCAAUAAACGGUGGCCUCAUGAAGUUUCUCUUCAAGUUCCGAGCCAUGAAUCUUGGAGCACUGGUAGCUUCAUUUGUAAAGCCCCGCCAAGUUGCUUGUGACGAUGACGAUCCUCAUCAAUCCCAAAACAUUAAUUGUCGAUGCAAGAACAAGAAAUCGAAGGAGAGUAGUAGCAGUACUCUUCAAUGGUUGGUUCCAAAGAAGCAAGGGAAAAGCAGCAGGACCAAGAACUCUUCAGAAGCAGUAGGAGGAGGUGACAAGUCCAGAGUGUUAUUGGAGACAAACUUGAGCGCAGUUAGAGGGGUUUUAGAAACAAUAGGAACUAGCAUGAGCACAGGCAUUGGUCGCAAAGAAAGAAGAACAAGGAGCUGCCAAAGUUCAAUUAAGUCUUCCCCAAUUCACCAAGGAUUUACAAGUGAUGACCAUAGUAAUAAGGUAUAUCUUUAUACAAGAGAAACCUCAAUUCAGGCUGCAAUUUCCCACUGCAAAACUUCAUUUGAACAAACAUCCAUAUCCUGAUUAAUUUUGGCUUUUAACGUGUAUAUAUGUGUUCGUUUCAGUAUUGGUUUUAGUUUGGUUCACAUGAAUAUUUUGUUGUACAAACGCUUCUAACAAGAUCUUAUUGUCGAUGGUUCUUCCUUGACAAGGUUAAGGCAUAGAGAAUGUACCCUUUUCACUAUAUAUAUGAUGCACGUCUAUUCUAAA